UUUCAUGUACUUUCUUAUUGUAUUGAUCUUUCUGUAAUCUCAAAUAGAGCCUAUUUUAUUUUAGCAUUCAAAUUAAAGGCCCCAUUGUUCUCGCCCCAUUAAAUUUGACAUGUACAACUAAAUUGUCAUCUCAUAGGCAUGCACAUAAUUGUCAAAGGAUAGCCACUAUAGUGCUUAUUAGUACAGAAGACCACUGCUAGGAGAUAAAAACGCAACUAAUAAAGCUACAACAAGACCACUAACCCAAUCUUAUUAUACUUGGGGUUUUUCAAGGACAUAUCAAAUCCCUCUCUAAAGCAUUCAAUUUGUAAAAAAUUGGGAAGGUCCUAACACUCUCUAUAGGUGUCAUUGUGGAAGUUGUUUAGGUGACUCUCCUCCAUGGUGACAACUCCUGUAAGCUUCUUCUUUGGAAGCUACUGUGGUGCUUAUGCUUCAUUAAUCAUGCUUCUUUUAAUAUAUAAGUCACAUAAAACUAUUAAAUCAUCUCAUUUUGUUUUACUGAUCACUUUGUUGGGCUAAGUUUUAUCAUUAUGCUUUAAUAUUGUGUUGACAAAAAUGUGCUAUGAAGGGGUAAUUAUCCUAAUUCGCUAAUAUAGUCAAACAACUCUUGCAUGUAACUUAGUUGCUUGUUUUUGGGACUGCUUGGUUCCUAGGAAAAAUAUGGAAAAAAAAAAAAAAUUGAACUCACACAGUUGCUCCCCUCUCUCUCUCUCUCUCUUCCUAUUAAGUUUGAACUCACACAGUUUCAAGCAACAAGGUGGAGAGAGAGAGAGAAAGAGGAGGAGGAGGAGGAGGGGAGAGAGAGAGAGAAAUGGGAAGGGCACCAUGCUGUGACAAGGCAAGUGUGAAGAAGGGUCCAUGGUCUCCUGAAGAGGAUGCAAAGCUCAAGGUUUAUAUUGAGGAGCAUGGAACUGGUGGCAACUGGAUUGCACCUCCUUAUAAGAUUGGGAUAAAGAGAUGCGGAAAAAGCUGCAGAUUGAGGUGGCUAAACUAUCUAAGGCCCAACAUUAAACACGGCGACUUCUCACCAGAAGAAGAUAAAAUUAUUUGCAGCCUCUACAUCAGUAUUGGGAGCAGGUGGUCCAUUAUAGCCGCGCAGUUACCAGGAAGAACCGAUAACGACGUUAAGAACUACUGGAACACCAAACUGAAGAAGAGGCUCCUCGGAAAGCAAAGGCGAGAGCUCAACGGAGGAUGGAACGAGGUCGUCGGCUCGCAAACACUAAAUGCAUCGGCCCUCGAAAGAAUUCGGCUACAAAUACAGCUACAGCAACUCCACUACCACCACAACCCCUCUCUUUGCUCUAGUAGUAAGAUUCUCCAAGGGCAAUGUAGUGGUAAUUCUACAAAUGGUAUAGUAGUGAGCGAGCCUAUCUCAACUCAAGUUGUUGAAUUCGACAAAAUUGAUGUGACGAAUGCAGAAGCUAGUGAGAAUGUAGACGGAUUUAUCUUAGAUGAUCUCUCUUCGCCUUCGCGCGAUCGAUAUGUAGAGGAAGAUAAGAGAAUGAAAGGAGCGGGUUUGAAUUGGUGGGCUUAUGGGGAUGAAUCACCAAUGAGUUCUAAUGGCCUUUUUGCUGAUCAUAAUUUUGAUUCUAUGGUUCAAGGGUAUGGUUCCCCAUAUGAUCUAUAA